AUGAAAGAUCUAGGGCAUCUUCGAUAUUUUCUGGGGCUCGAAGUUGCAUAUGGUCCACGAGGAUAUCUUCUUUCUCAACAAAAAUACAUCUAUAAUCUUUUGGCCCGAGCUGAGUUGACUAAUGAUCAGAUUGCUGAUACACCUCUUCAGCUCCAUCAAAAACUAGCACCUGAUAUAGGAAAGCUUUUGGAAAAUCCCACUCGGUAUCGUGAAAUAGUUGGUGCUUUGGUAUAUCUUACUAUCUCUCGACUAGACAUUGCUUAUGUCGUCCAUGUGGUGAGUCAAUUUGUUCAGUCUCCUACCACAGUUCACUAUGUUGUUGUACUUAGUAUUCUACACUAUCUUCGUGGUACUUUAUCUAGAGCUCUUUUGUUCUCCUCAACAUCAAAGCUACAACGUCGCGCCUUCUCUGAUUCUGACUGGGCCGAUGACAUUAUCGAUUGUCGAUCUAUUAAUGGGUUUUGUGUUUUUCUUGGUGAUACCAUUAUAUCAUGGCGAGCUAAGAAGCAACAUGUAGUCUCAAAAUCUAGUACUGAAGUGGAGUAUCGAGCUAUGUCUACUGCUACCUCUGAGAUCAUUUGGUUGCGACAGCUUCUAUGUGACAUGACCAUUGAUUGUCUCUCUCCUACUCCUCUAUAUUACGACAGUCAAAGCACAAUAAAGAUUGCCACCAAUGUAGUGUUUCAUGAGCACACAAAACACAUUGAAAUUGAUUCUCAUUUCAUACGGCAUCAUUAUUCAAAGACUAAGGCGAUCUUUCUAUCAUAUAUUUCUUCUGAGCUCCAGCUUGCUGAUUUUUUCAUCAAAGUUCACACCUCCAAGCGCCACAAAUUUCUACUUUCCUAG